AUGGUUGGCUUGAAGGAGCUUUUGGCCGUUGCUGGGCUUAUGCCGGUCAUCUACGGCGCGAGCUCAACGACUGGGCCAAGCACUGUUGUCACCUCGGCCUAUGUGCAAUAUACCCUUGCAGCCGAAGUCGAUGUCGGCGCGAACUUGAUCGCCAACAUUGACGACCCGGAGGCCAUCAAUGCGCAGUCCGUUUGUCCUGGGUACAAAGCCUCGAACGUGAAGCAUUCGAAUAACGGGUUCUCGGCCACCCUGACCUUGGCCGGAGAAGCAUGCAAUGUCUAUGGAACAGAUGUGGAUUCUUUGGAAUUUGCAGUAGAUUGGCUAGCUCAGGACAGAGUGAAUGUUCAUAUUACACCCACCUAUGUGGAUGCGUCCAACAAAUCCUGGUACCAUCUCUCUGAAGAUCUCGUGCCGCGGCCCAAAGCCGGUCGACGGAGUGCAGACCGAGACUUUGAAGUUACAUGGACCAAUAACCCUACUUUCCAAUUCAAGGUGAUCCGCAAGGCCACAGGUGAUGUGUUAUUCGAUACCAGUGGCUCGGUCUUGGUGUUUGAGAAUCAAUUCAUUGAGUUCGUCACCGCCCUUCCCAAGGACUACAAUCUCUAUGGCCUUGGAGAGCAUAUUCAGCAGCUGCGACUUCUGGAGAAUGCAACAUUGACCAUAUAUGCAGCAGAUCUAGGCGAUCCCAUUGAUUUGGCUGUAUACGGAUCCCAUCCAUUCUAUCUGGACACUCGUUACUAUGAGGUGGGUCAGGGGAAUUCUCAUACACUCGUCGGGAGUGACCAAACGGAUCAUUCCAAGACCUAUGUUUCAUACUCGCACGGUGUCUAUCUACGGAACGCGCAUGGCCAAGAGAUCAUCACGUCCCCCCAAAACCUCACUUGGCGCACCCUGGGUGGUAGUAUUGACUUGACUUUCUAUUCCGGUCCGUCACAAGCUGAAGUUACCCGUGAAUAUCAACUUAGCACCGUGGGACUGCCUGCUAUGCAACAGUAUUUCACAUUCGGUUAUCACCAGUGCCGUUGGGGUUAUCAGAAUUGGUCUGUCCUGGAAGACGUUGUCGCUAAUUUCCAGAAAUUCGAAAUACCUCUGGAGAAUAUUUGGAAUGAUAUCGACUACAUGCACGGGUACCGUGAUUUCGACAAUGAUCAAAACCGCUAUUCCUACUCUGAUGGCCAGGAGUUCCUGGACAAGCUGCACAAGAGCGGCCGUCAUUAUAUCCCAAUUGUGGAUUCAGCUCUUUACAUCCCAAAUCCCCACAAUGAAUCCGAUGCUUACGAUACAUAUACUCGUGGUGCCAAGGAUGAUGUUUUCCUCAAAAAUCCGGAUGGAAGCACUUAUAUUGGCGCUGUCUGGCCUGGGUACACAGUCUUCACUGACUGGCACCACCCCAAGGCUGGUGACUUCUGGGCGAACGAGCUCGUGACAUGGUAUGAAAAGGUUAAUUUCGACGGCAUCUGGAUCGACAUGAACGAGGUCUCAUCCUUCUGUGUCGGGAGCUGCGGGUCCCACGACCUUACCCUGAACCCGGUCCAUCCUCCAUUCUCGCUUCCUGGGGAGCCCGGAAACGUUAUCUAUGACUACCCGGAAGGAUUCGACAUUUCAAAUUCAACCGAGGCUGCCUCGGCGUCCGCAGCAUCCUCGAGUCAAGCAUCAGCAGCAGCAGCUACUGCGACGGGCUCUACCACUACUACUCCAUAUCUCCGUACCACACCUACCCCUGGUGUCCGUGAUAUCAACCACCCACCAUACGUGAUCAAUCAUGGUCAGACUGGCCAUGACCUUGCCGUACACGCCGUUUCUCCGAACGCAACUCACGUUGAUGGGAUUCAGGAAUACGACGUGCAUAACCUGUACGGCUAUCAAAUUCUCAAUGCCACCUACUAUGGCCUCCUCAAGGUCUUCCCUGAGAAGCGUCCCUUCAUCAUUGGUCGAUCAACCUUUGCGGGAGCUGGUAAAUGGGCCGGCCACUGGGGUGGUGACAACUAUUCCAAGUGGGCGUACAUGUUCUUCUCCAUUCCCCAAGCACUGUCGUUCUCGCUGUUUGGAAUUCCCAUGUUUGGCGUUGACACCUGCGGUUUCAACGGUAACGCUGACGAGGAGCUCUGUAACCGCUGGAUGCAGCUGUCUGCCUUCUUCCCCUUUUACCGUAAUCACAAUGAGCUUUCCACCAUCAGCCAGGAGCCGUACAUGUGGGCGUCUGUCAUCGAAGCAUCCAAGACGGCCAUGGCGAUCCGUUAUGCCAUCCUGCCUUACAUGUACACUCUAUUCCAUCAGGCGCACACCACUGGAUCAACAGUCAUGCGUGCUCUGCCUUGGGAGUUCCCCACCGAUCCUUCGCUGGCUGCCGUUGACACCCAAUUCCUUCUGGGCCCUUCGAUCAUGGUUAUUCCCGUUCUUGAGCCUCAGGUUGAUUAUGUCAAAGGUGUCUUCCCAGGCAUUAAGAAGGGCGAGGUCUGGUACGACUGGUACACCCAGACUGCUGUCGACACUGAUCCUGGUGUCAACACCACUAUCUCUGCUCCACUGGGUCACAUCCCCGUAUUCGUUCGUGGGGGCAGCGUUCUCCCGAUGCAGGAGCCUGCCUUGACGACAGCUGCGGCCCGCAACACCCCGUGGUCCCUUCUCACUGCACUUGGUGACAAGGGUAUUGCUUCAGGCCAGUUGUACCUUGACGAUGGUGAGAGUCUCAACCCCAAUGCGACCCUCAACGUCCUCUUCAAGGCUACCAAGUCUAGUCUUAGCGCCCAGGCUCAUGGCGAUUGGAAUGAAAACAAUGCCCUUGGCAAUGUCACCGUUUUGGGCUUGACCAAGAAGCCAGGUUCUGUGACGCUCAAUGGGAAAAAGGUUCCGGCCUCGUCCGUUCAGUACAAUGCUACUUCUCAGGUCAUGUCACUGCGUAACCUGGAUGACCUGACCUCGGAUGGAGCAUGGAGUCAGAACUGGGUUUUGAAAUGGUAA